AUGGCAGCAUCGACAGUUCCCAUUAUUGACUUCUCGGCAUAUAAUCUAAAUAGAAAUACGCCUGAUGCCGAGACUUACCAAAAGCUCAUAGAUGAUGUUCAUCAUGGUUUCACUACCGCUGGAUGUGUUUAUUUUAUAAAUCAUGGCAUUCCGGAACUUGCGAUUGACAACGCAUUUCAGCAAUCAGUGAAAUUCUUCACUUUACCAACAGAGACGAAGGUGAAGUAUUCGAGACCUGAUAAUAGUAACCAUGGUUAUGUUGCAAUUGGCUGUGAAUCUCUUUCCGCCGAUAGACCUGGAGAUUAUAAGGAAUCAUUCAAUUAUAUACCUUUGGAGGGAGACGCAAACACAAGGAUAUUUCCGAAUGAAGAGGUACCAAAGUUCUCCCAAGCAUUGACUACUCUGUACCAGAAAUGCAUACAGUUAAUCAACCGCAUAUUAGAAGUCAUUGGACGGGGACUGCCAAUAGAGGAUCCUCUUUUGUUCGAAAAAGCUCAUGAAGGGCUUAACAGUGAAGCCAAUAUGUCAACAUUGAGAACUGUAUGGUAUCCGCCAAUCCAAGACGAUGACCUCAAAACCGAUCAGAUACGAUGUGGUGAACAUUCGGACUAUGGUUCAAUUACUCUGGUAUUCCAAGAUGACAAAGGAGGGUUACAGAUGGCGUGUGAAGAUGGUAGCUUUAUGGACGUCAAACCAGAAAAAGGGGGUGUUUUUGUGAAUCUGGGAUACUUAAUGGAGAGAUGGACAUCUGACACAUUGAAAGCAAGGGUGCAGAGAGUUGUAAACCCAGAAUCCAGUGAUUUAAAAAAACAAGCUUGUCAGUCACUUAUUUGUUUUGUUGCCCCAGAUAAAGCAUGUAUCAUCAAGUGUGUGGAUGGGAGCAACAAGUAUCCUCCAAUCACCAGCAUGGAUUUCCUCAACAUGAAAUUCGGUGAAAUCUAUCAAAAUUUUCAGGCCGAUUAA